AUGUACGCAGUAGGGAGUGACUCUAUCUUUGACGACCGUUUGCCUUGGACCAACAGAGCACUUUGGAGCCGUCAUCUCCUGCAUGCAAUUUCUCCCCCGAUAAUCAUCGAGAGAGGAUCUGUGAGUUCUGAGAGAAGGAAAACUAGUCCGACGCCGCAGAUUCCCAGGAUCGCUGCAUGGUGGCUAAUGCUCUUUGUAUCAACUGUACCGCCUCUUUUCGCAGAUCCUGGUGACAUUGUUUUCUCUCCGUAUAUGAAUACAAAAAUCUCACACUGCGCCGGUCAAUUGGCGACGAUCCCGACAGUGUUCAAGUUUUGCUGUCUGUGGCCUGUCCAAGGCACAUGUACCUACCCUCAAUUGGAGUUGUCACAUCCUCCUCCGCCCCUCCAACCCCCCAAUGCCCCAAACUUGCUUGCCCCCAGUUCUUAUCCGCAAAACCACUACGCUCUCAGCUACGACGACGACGCUGGCUUCUUAGGUAGAACCUGCUACGGGAUCGCCAGUGGUGGGUUAUCGGACACACUUGAAUUGCCAAAUGGUUGCUUCGAGCCAAUUCAUUCCACGAUACGAAGAGUUCCCCGCGCACUGGAAGAGAUAAGCAUAUCCAUACCAAGGUUUGACUGCUCCCUGGCGCCCGUCAAGUGGCGGCCGGCGUCUACUCGCGGACUUUUCCACGCAGAGGCGGCUCUUCGUUAUCAAUAUACCGUUCAACAAGCGCCGCAAAUGUUAAUCAGUCUACAGGAUAUUCCCAGCAGAACGACCACCGCUACAACUCCGCUGCAAACGGACUGCCCCGGGCGAGUCGCCGAGCAGAUUUGGCUCGACAAGACAACCCCCAAGAGACCCUCCUUUAUCCCGUUAGGGUUUUGGGCAGUGUUGACCGUUGAACUCAAAUAUACCAGGCAGUCAAAAUCGGAACCUUGGAUAGAAACUACGGUACGAAGGGUGUGUCAACGCAUCAUAGGUCGAAUUUGGGAACACGCCUUCCGCUCCUCUGUGACGUUUCUGCAGGAAAUCAGACGUUCAAAACACUGCAAGGGCGGUUCAUUCCACUUUCCUCGAUCCACAAAAGGCACUAUACUCGGUCAGGUAUUUCGAAGCGCUCUCUCACCCUGUUCCCCCGCAGACCUCCCCACCCGUGAUACAACGCUUAAUAUUCUUCCCCCAACCUGGCUUGUUAGCCGUUUAUCUUUAUACUCGACGACGCUAUAUUCGAUCCAAAGCGCAGACUUGGAAAAGAAUCCAUUCCCAAACCCCAUUUUUAUUCCCAGGCUGUUCUUCAUGAGCGCGCCAACAUUUGCUGAAGACCCUGUUACACAGCGGCCAGCUCUCCAAAGUGCGGACUUUCGUCUUACGGUUCGCCAGAACCCGGAGCGGGCCCGUGUAGCAGGAGGAAAAGAGAAAGAACGCAAAGCGGUGGACCCUCCACCUAUUAUCCAACUGAAAAUCGAUGAAUCGAAGGACCCUGGGCAGAACUAUUUGCAAAGUCCGUUUUAUUUUAUGUGCUGCACCCUCUACAAUGCGACAGAGGAUACACCCGCCACGACAGCUCAAUCUACGGCGCUCGCGGGGACUUUAGUGUCCUCCCUCCAUCGGCUUAAGGACACCGAUAAUAUGGAAGGUGGUUUUUUCGUCUUCGGCGACCUUUCUGUUAAGAUUGAAGGAGAAUUUAGGCUGAAAUUUAACCUGUUUGAGAUGCGAGAAGUUAAGAGAUGUGGCGGCUCGAGAGAUGAAGUCGUUUACAUAAAAUCGAUCCUCUCUAAACCAUUCACUGUGUUACCCCCCAAAAACUUCCCUGGGAUGACCGAGUCCACAUGGCUUUCAAGGUCUUUUGCGGAUCAAGGAGUUAAGCUGAGAAUUCGGAAGGAAGCCCGUACACUUCUAAAACGCCCAUUGAAUCGAGCGGAACCAGAUUAUCCAGCCCCGCCGACGCAGCCUCGUACGCCAGAGCGCUCCGGCGCAUCGAGUCAGCAGAUGGUAGCUGCUUACCAGACAAACCGAGACUACCCUUUUUACAAUGGGCCAGACGCCAAGCGUCCACGGAGUUCAGUCGAUAUGAGUGGUCGAGGCUUGUACGAAGGAGAUGCUCGAUACUCGUACCCACCGCAUGCCGCCAAUCCAUACCAAGGUCAGACAUACCAACAAGGCAUGAUGCAAGGCUAUCCUACUGCUGGAGCUGGGGUAUCCGACUACGCCAUUCGACAGGCACAACAGGGAUCUACACCGACACCGUUUGGUUCAGCCGAUGAAUCCAUUGGAUCUAUCCGCUCGCCUGGAGCGGGUGGGUACAUAGGUCAACCUCGAUACCAGUCAUACUCGGGCGCUCAAAUGCCAUACAAUCUUGCUUCUUCAACACAAAUGUCACAGAUGGGCGAAUCCACCCCAGGCCGGACCGGCCAGGCAGCAAAUAUGGGGGGAAUCGUUUCUGGUUCCGCCGGCAUGGGGAUGAUGCCCCAAGCGUACCAACGAUCGCAGUUCCAACCCGCGGGUUCAAACACCCUACCUCCCUUGCAAUCGAACCGGCAAGCAGCUCCGUCGAACAGUAACGGUAAUGCGCGGGCUUAUUACGAUCAAUCCAUACAAGGAACUCCACCAAUUCUCCCUUCUCAGCCGGGUCCCUCGACAAAUGGCGAUAGAUACGGGAGCGACGGCCAGGUUGCUUUCGGUGCUCCUGGUUCGUCUAACACAACACCGCAAUAAGUUGCUCCUCGCGAAUUUCACGAACCGCUGUCUAUAUGAUUUUAUAUUUUUAUUCCCUGGGUUCAUUUCGGCUUAAUAUUCGUCCUUGUAUUCUGACAUGAGACUUUCUCAGUUUCCAUACUCGUCCGCUUGGAUAGAUUUUCACGGAAGGUGUCAAAGGGAGGAGGGACUGGUCCGGUUGGGAAUAAUACAGUUAUACCUGGUGUCUUAGGACUACGGAUCUUGUGUUUAUGCUAUUUUUAAUUUCACGGGGUGUUCACGAAAAUUGCAUUUUUUCUUACGUCCCUUUCUUGUACAGUAUGUUAUUUUACUCUCCUUUUCUCUCUUCUUCUCUUUGUUUGUAAUGGGGCCCCCUUUUCCUUUUACUCAUACAAAAUCAGUUGGCGGGCUGUUUCCCCCCCCUUUUGCCUUGCUUUUCCUUUCCUCAUUCCCAUGUUUGGAACUUGCAGUGCAUGCUCGAAAUUAGGUUGUUAAACACGGGACUGGCAGUUCUAAAUGGAAAAGGCGUGGAUUUUAGAGUUGCAUCUCAAGACACAGGUCAUUUAUAAUGGUAAUAUGGACUUCCCUGGUUCAUUGAGCAGGCGCAUCAUGUAUGGUUCGGAAAGCUGACUCAGGUGUUCCUGACCUCGCUGUUUGAUGUUCAGUUUGUUAGGUUGAAUGUACGGUGAUCAGACAAAUACAAUAAUAGGAUGCCUGUUCUUAUUCUGCUCUAAUAAUACAGGGAUUGCGCCCCUUUGCUAAGUC